AUGGAACUAGAGGAGAAGGCGAAAUAUGGUGAACCAAGGAAAUAUGACCCCACAUUCAAAGGCCCGAUUCAGAACAGGGGCUGCACAGAUAUCGUGUGCUGCAUCUUGUUCAUUGUGGCCAUUGCAGCGUAUUUUGCAGUGGGAAUCCUGGCAUGGUCCCAAGGGGACCCCAGAAAGGUGAUCUACGCCACCGACAGUCGGGGGCAGUUCUGUGGUCACGCUGGCACUCCCCUCGAGAAUAAGCCGUAUUUGUUCUAUUUCAACAUCAUGAAGUGUGCCAGUCCCAUGGUACUGCUGGAGUUUCAGUGUCCCACCACACAGUUGUGCGUAGAGAAGUGCCCAGAGAAAUUCAUGACGCUGGUCAAAGCCUACCACAGCCCAACAAGCUUCGACUACUACAAAAACUUCUGUAAAGAGGGUGUGAACAACAAAAUGGGUGUACCAGAAAUCCUUAGGCAAGGUCUUUGUCCUGCUAUGCUAACUCCCAGUGUGCCAUUCACUCGCCGAUGCUUCCCUGCUCUGGGGAAGAAAGGAGGCGUGGUCACUGUGGGCAACAUCUCCCACUUUGACGAUGGCAGUGGAACGCUGAGGGAAGCUAAAGACCUUAUAGAUGGUGUCAAAAAUGCCACGGUGGUUAUGGAGGCUCGCCAAGUUGUUAUGAAGAUAUUUGAGGACUUCACACAGUCGUGGUACUGGAUUCUAAUAGGCCUGGUCAUCGCCAUGGUCACCAGUCUGCUCUUCAUCAUACUCCUGCGCUUCCUGGCCGGCAUCAUGGUGUGGGUCAUGAUUGUGCUGGUCAUACUGGUGAUAGGCUACGGCAUCUUCCACUGCUACAUGGAGUACGCGGCGUUGAAGGGAGAGGCAGGGGCCAACGUGACGCUUCAGGAGUUGGGCUUCCAGACGGACUUCUCUGUGUACCUCCAGAUCCGGCAGACCUGGCUAGCCUUCAUGAUCAUCUUGGCCAUCGUGGACGUGAUCAUCAUCCUGCUGCUCAUCUUCCUCAGGAAAAGGAUCCUCAUCGCCAUCGCUCUCAUCAAAGAGGCCAGCAGAGCCAUCGGUCACGUUAUGAGCUCCUUGUUCUACCCCCUCUUCACCUUCGUCCUGCUGGCUGUGGUCAUCGCGUACUGGGCAGUCACCGCGGUCUUCUUGUCGACUUCCAAUCAGCCUGUGUACAAAGUCUUCAAUGAGUCUGUCUGCUCACACUCCAGAGAGACCUGUGAACCUGCGAAUUACUCUACAAGCCUCAUGAAAACAGAGUGUCCAGACUCCGAGUGCCUUUUUGCCUUCUACGGAGGAGAGACCGUUUACCACAAGUACCUGAUCGCGCUGCAGUUCUACAAUGUCUUCCUCUUCUUCUGGUGCGCAAACUUUGUCAUGGCGCUGGGUCAGAUGACUCUGGCUGGGGCCUUUGCUUCAUAUUAUUGGGCCUUUGUCAAACCAGACGACAUGCCUGCCUUUCCGGUUUUCGCCUCCCUGGGAAGAUCUCUCAGAUAUCACACAGGCACCCUGGCGUUCGGCUCUCUCAUCCUCUCCAUCAUUCAGAUAAUCAGAGUCCUGCUGGAAUACCUGGACCACAAGCUCAAAGGAGCCAAAAACAAGUGCACCAAGUUCCUGUUGUGUUGCCUCAAGUGCUGCUUCUGGUGUUUGGAGAAAUUUGUCAAGUUCCUCAACAGAAAUGCCUACAUCAUGACGGCCAUUUACGGGAAGAACUUCUGCACUGCAGCCAAAGAUGCCUUCCUUCUGCUGAUGAGAAAUAUGAUCAGAGUGGCCGUCCUGGAUAAAGUCACAGAUUUCCUCUUGUUCUUGGGGAAACUGUUAGUUGUGGGACUGGUUGGUGUGUUUGCCUUUUUCUUCUUCUCUGGAAGAGUCAAAGCCUUUGAGAACACUGCCCCUAGUUUGCACUAUUACUGGGUCCCCAUUAUUACGGUGGUGAUUGGCUCCUACCUGAUCGCCCACGGCUUCUUCAGCGUGUACUCCAUGUGUGUGGACACGCUCUUCCUGUGUUUCUGCGAGGACUUGGAGCGCAACGACGGCUCCGCUGCCAGGCCGUAUUACAUGUCAUCCACUCUGCGAGAAAUCCUCUGGAAACAGCAGGCGGAGGACGGCGCGGGAGAAAGGGCCAAGCUGCAAGAAUAA